AUGGCAGAAGAAUCUAUUCUCGAUCUCGAAUAUCGCGGCCGUACAGCCAUUUUGACGAUCCAUAACGAGCGAAAGCUUAACGCUUUCACUGGCGCGCAGUACUACGACCUUGCUCAGAAACUACGAGAGAUUGCCACUCAUGAUGAGGUUUAUACUACAGUAAUUUUGGGAAAGGGGCGCUUCUUUUCAGCGGGAGCUGAUGUGGGAAUUACACGAAAAGCACCGGGAGAAGACAAGGACUCGCAUAAAAAACUGCUACAAAGCUUUGUCGCCAACAAUCUAAACAUCACCCACGCUUUUGCAACUCACCCCAAGGUUCUCGUCGUUGGUCUCAAUGGCCCCGUCAUAGGCCUCACAGCUGCGCUGGUUGCCUUUGCCGACUUUAUCUACUGCGCUCCUUCAACCUUUCUUCUUACACCAUUCUCAUCUAUCGGUCUUGUCGCCGAGGGCGGUGCGUCACGGGCUCUGGCACUGCGUCUCGGACCUGCGCGAGCGAACGAAGCACUGCUCAUGAGUCGUCGCAUCGGAUCUCAAGAACUGGAGCGCUGUGGAUUUGUCAAUGCCAUAUUUGACGAGGGCGACGACGCCAAGUUUAGGGCGAGAGUGUUGCAUGAGGUGGAGGAGAGACUGGGAGAUCAUCUCAACGGCGACAGCUUGAUUGGGAUCAAGAAGCUACUUAGGAAGCCGGAGAUGGAUAUCAUGCAUACGCAGAAUGUACAUGAAGUAUUUGCAGGCCUGGAGAGAUUCUUGACCGGAGUACCGCAAGAGGAGUUUGCAAAGCUUGCAAGUGGUGCCAAACGCCACAAGCUAUAA